AACCAGCCCUGGCCCCACCCUUCCCACUUGAGAGCCAUGGGGAGCCCGGGUCCUGGUGGGCCACCCCUGGUGCAAGCACCCUACACUGUUCUGCUGCUGCCACUGGAGACGAGCCGCCAGGACCCAGGGGCCCAGAGCUUCUUCCUCUGGCUGCAGAUGAUGCAGGCUCUGGAGAGGGAACAGGAUGCUCUGUGGCAAGGCCUGGAGCUGCUGGAGCAUGGCCAAGCCUGGUUUGCAGACCACCUAAGGGAGUCACAGCGACGGCAGCUGCAUCUGGGGGCCCUUGGUGAGGAUUUCCUAAUGAGCUUCGACUCAGAGGCUGACUCCCCACAGCUAACCCAGAUUCAAAAGGUGAACGCUUGUUUGCAAAGUCUGGUUCAGAAGGAGUUGUCAAAGCAGCAUGAAGAAGUCACCCAGUCCAAGGGAGAGGUGGCUCAGCCAGGCUGCCCCCAGGGGCAGAGGGGCCCUACCCGUGUGUGAGUCCUUCCCUCCUCCCAACACUGCUCAGUAGGGGCGGAGUUGAAGUCAGAAUGCCCCCCAGUCCCCACACACCUUAUUUCAUCCGACCCAGCAGCCAGUGGCUCCAGGCUGUGGGCCAAUGAAAUCCAGACAUGGUAUAAAGUGUACUGGGAACUCCUCAAAGUGUCCACCACAUCUUGAUGUUCCUUGCCUCACCUUACCCAGUGCCAUGUCAAAAACCACCUUCCUUCAAUGUCUCUGGGGAGAAGGCACCAUCCCUGAAACCUCCUCCAGCUUAAAGUAAAACUAAGCUAAAGAAGCUGCCCUGGAAUUCAAAGUGAAAACUGCACUUGCUGGUGCCCCUGCCCUGUCCUGCCCUGCCCCUGCCCUGCCCCUGCCCUCCUGGAAUAAACAGCAGCUUUCUU